AUCCCCAGGGGGAGGGGAGUUUAUUUUCAAGAAAUUGCUUUGUCUAAUAGACUUCUUCCCACAGUAUGUAGGCUACAUUAACUUUCCUCCCGAUUUCUCUAGCAGAGUCACUGCUCUGUUUGUCUUCUCAGAAGGCAGUGAGUUUAUUGGACUCAAUGUAAUCCAGGAUCGCCUGCAAGAGGAAUGCGGUGGUUUAACUCAAAUCUAACAGACCUUCUGGAUAAUUGGAAGUAACUUGUAAGACAAUUGUAUUUUGAGGGUAUCCUCCACAAUUACCUUCUUAGUAUAGUACGGCUGUACCUUUUUUCUCUACUCGUCCCUCAUCGUGCAGGAAAGCUAUUGACUGAAGGGGAAGUAGGUAACAAUAUGCCAGAAGAAAUGCUGUUCUUACCUUUAGCUCAUGUGGGCCAUUAAGAACUGGGCAUGAAUGGAAAACUGACUCACGCCUUAAAUAACCCAUGAUCACAUAUAUUGGGAUAAUUUCUACCAGUUCUAACCCGAACUGUUUCGCAAACGAUCCGAUUUCAGCGCGCCACGACCCAAUGCCCAGUGGUUGAACUGCGGAGAGAACUUGAACACAAACUGGAUUUUGAACUCAACCAAAGAGUUUGACUAUGCAGUCACAUAGCAGAUCACUUGACGGCAAUUUUCAAUCACAUCUGAAUGACAGUCCAUUGCACGGGCGAACGAGGCUGCAUAAAAAUGGCAUCUCUCUGGAGAAGCGCUUCUCCGAGGCUGUGGAAACAAAUAAUGGCCUUAAUCGUCUUGCUCUUGCGCAACAGGCUUGUUACCAAUGCGGACGAAGACCAUUUCAACGCAGAGAAAGAUGUUUGUUUCUGUCGGCGCGAUGCGUGGAGAAACCAGCUGGCUGCACCGACUCCGAUAGCGUCUCUCCAGUGAGCCAUGUUUCCGUGAAGCAAAGAACGUUACAGUUCCUGAUGUCCCUCUGGAAUACUACCCUUGCUCGGAUUUCAUCAACCUUGUCAAGAGACUGGAUAUUGGCGAGUAGUAUGCUAGGGUGUGGCGCACGAUGUGCCCGUCUCCGGAGCCUGACCAGAAGACCGCUUCGUUUGCCUCUUUUACGACGUCGUUGUUUUGGGUCGCAGGCUGGGAUCCAUUCCGUUAUCCUGGGUGGAAGGCAGAACACAGGAUCCACUCCGGGAAAGUCAUAUUCUUGGUCGUACUGAUGGGCCAUGAGAAGGCCUCGCUGUGGAGUCCCAGACAAAUCUGUUGAGCAGGCUGAGAAUGGUGUGAGGUGGAAACGCUAUGCUCUCACUGGCCAGAAGUGGGACAAGAACCUUCUGACUUACAGGAACUGCUGAAAACCGUGCACGGGCGGAUCCAGGAUCCAUAAGACAAAGACCUGACCUCUGAAUUGAGGGUUUAUUUCAGGCCAGUAGUGAACUGGUACACGACAGAGGGGGUGACGAGAUCCAACCUACAUUGCUUUUCCCAGUCUACGAGAAGGUUUUAUGCUCUACAGGAGAACCACAGAAGGAGAUUGCACACCAGAUUGGGCCAGGAGACUGGGUCUGGGUCCAAUCACUAAAGAAAAAGGACUGGAAGCAGCCACGGUGGGAGGGGCCAUACCACGUACUCCCACUGACAGCCUUCGCGGUGAGAAUAGCUGAAAGAGCUACCUGGGGUCAUAUUGCACAUAGCAAGAGGGUAAGACACAGUGACACUGUCAAACAAUCACAGCGUUAGGAGAAGAACCGAAUACCAAUAGGGUUCAGAGGUUACCUCUCUAACGAAGAUUCCCUGACCCCGCCCUAUCCUCCCUGUGUGCGUUCAUAGAACUGAAAGUAUGGGCUGGCCUUCAGCUAAUGAGAUGUUCUCCAGGAAAGGGUGGGGCUUUACAGGAGUGCUGAUUUGUCUGAGCUGUCUUAUUGUGGGAGCCAUAUUCCUAAUAUACCAUGACCCAUCCGAGAAUACAGAAGGUGGUAACUUGACCCAUAGUUUAGAUGAUGAGGAUUUUGUAUUAACCAAGCAUAAAAGAUCACUUGAUCUGAAUAAACAGGAAGUGAGAGUGGAGAUCGGGAAGGAUGUCUCAGUGGAGUUCUAUGUAGACCAAAUGGGGUCUCUGACCCCUUGGCAGUCUAGAACUAUGAGUCAUUAUGGAAGGUAUCUGUGCAGGUCCCCGUGUAGUUCAUGGAAACAGGUCAUAGCCCACACAGAGAGAGAGGGCUAUAUAAAUCCACUUUCCCAGUAUGGAAGGAGGUGGAGUAUAGUGAAGGUGAGGGUUUUUGACUGCAAUCCGGAGCGAGAGAAGUAUUGCUUAAAGGUACAAAUUACCGUUAAAAACGUAAGGAAGGAGGAUAUAGGGCUAUGGUAUGUUGGGUUUGACCAGGUUUCGAUUGACAUUAUAGUACCAUUCCUGGUAGAAGAGGUUAGGGCAGGUGAUAGUUCUAUAGCCAGCCAGACUACAAGCAGAGCCCCUGACAAAACAGAUACUGACCGUGGAGUCGUCCAGAGCCAAGGGCCGGUACGGAUAGUUCAGACGAAAGAUCUCAAGGAAGUGAUUGAGGUGGAAACUGGUUAUGGGGAUUCUAACCUAUGGUUAGAAUGGAUUCAGUAUACAGCCAGAUCAGUAGCGAAAGAAGAAUGUUAUGCCUGCGCCACAGCAAAACCUCAGUUGACAACCAUUCCCUUUCCAUUUGAUGGAAUUGAUACGCCCAGGGGAAUAGCCUGUAUGGUAAAACUGUUCAUGAAGGCAGGGAAGCCAGAUAAUGACAGUUGCAUUGAUCUGCAUUAUCUGUAUUCCCAUGUGCCCAUUACAUCCAGACUUCCCCCUUUCACAGUUACAGGAGGACAUUAUUAUUGUAUGGCUCGAUACAUCACACACGGAUGGGACGUGGGGGAAGUAAGAAAAUGUAAUAGGACAGAGAAUGUUACAACUGACAAGACAAUGAGGAACCUGACUGGGUGGAUGAGUUCCGAUGACUUUAGUAAGAUAAAAAGGCCUUGAGCGGAUGUUUGGUGGUUGUGUGGAGGUAUGAAGCUGUGGCCUAACCUGCCAACAAAUUGGACCGGUAUUUGCACACUAGUGCAGUUAGGCAUGCCCUUCACCCUUAUCUGACGCAAAGACCUAGUGCCAGGUAGAAGAGUAAGAAGGAGUGCUCCGUCAGGAUCUUUUGACCCUCGAGUUUACAUUGAUAGCAUUGGAGUUCAAAGGGGGUUGCCUGAUGAGUUCUAAGCUAGGAAUCAGAUAUGGGCUGGCUUGAAAUCAAGCAUCUUCUGGUGGUCAACUCUCAAUAAAAAUGUAGUUUGGAUUAAUUAUAUCUACUACAACCAACAGUGCUUCAUCAACUACAUUAGAGACGCCAUAAAAGGUUUGGCAGAACAAACCGCAGCGACUAGUUUCAUGGUGUGGCAAAAUAGGAUAGCAUUGGAUAUGUUACUGGCUGAAAAGGGUAGUGUGUGUGUGUGACAUUCGGAGCAGAAUGUUGUACUUUCAUCUCGAUAACAAAGCUCCAGACGGAUCAGUGACCAAGGCCCUGGCUGGUUUAACCACAUUAACUCACGAAUUGGCAGAGAACUCUGGGGUGGUUAAUGCUCUAACAAAUUGGUUUGAUAGUGUGUUUGGGAAAUUGAAAGAUUUCAUAAUCGCUGUGUUAUGGGCAACUUUCACUUGUAUGAGUGUUUUGGUUCUGUGUGGAUGUUUGUUCCCCUGUGUGAGAGGUUUGAUUACCAGGACUCUGGAGAGGUCAAUGACGCAACAGAUGGUGAGGUACGGACUGAUUCCGAGCUCCGGCCAGUGUGAUGACGAAUACGGGCCUCCAGGCCUAGGCGAUGACUCCGUUUCUUUUAACUACGAUGAGCCCAUGUUGGAUGAGACUGUUUUUGAGGGUUAACUUCUUCGAUAUAGGGGGUCGCUCUUUUAAUUUUUGGAUGAAAAACGUUCCUGUUUUAAACAAGAUAUUUUGUCACGAAAAGAUGCUCGACGAUGCAUAUAAUUGACAGCUUUGGAAAGAAAACACUCUGACGUUUCCAAAACUGCAAAGAUAUUGUCUGUGAGUGCCACAGAACUGAUGUUACAGAAAAAACCCAGAUAAAAAUACAAUCAGGAAGUGCCGCAUUUUUUGACUCCUUAUAUGGCUGUGGAGGAGCUAGGAGUCAGCUUACCUUUUCCACGUUUUCCCCAAGGUGUCUGCAGCAUUGUGACGUAUUUGUAGGCAUAUCAUUGGAAGAUUGACCCUAAGAGACUACAUUUACCAGUUGGUCGCUUGGUGUCCUCCGUCGCAAUUAUUGCGUUAUCUCCAGCUGCAGUAUUUUUCUGUUUUCUUCGGAUGAGAAGCCAGUUGCCACCACUGAUAGAUUAUCGAAUAGAUAUGUGAAAAACACCUUGAGGAUUGAUUCUAAACAACGUUUGCCAUGUUUCUGUCUAUUAUGGAGCUAAUUUGGAAAAAAGUUUGGCGUUGUAAGUGACUGCAUUUUCGUUUUUUUUUUCUUAGCCAAACGUGAUGAACAAAACGGAGCUAUUUCUCUUACACAAAUAAUCUUUUUGGAAAAACUGAACAUUUGCUAUCUGAGAGUCUCGUCAUUGAAAACAUCCGAAGUUCUUCAAAGUAGAUGUAUCAAAGGAUGACACCGAGACCUCUGACUCUGAGCAAGACGGUGAGCCAGAGCUGCCAAUGGUAGGCCUAUAAGACAUUUCAAGAUCCAGAGAAGAGGGUCCUGUACAGCCGUGUUUAAAAACAUUUCCCAGAACUCAGCAUGGUAAAAGGAAAAGGGUUUUCAACAGCUCCUGAUGAUCUAAGGACAAUUCAUGGCUUGAAUAUUCUGUAAGUCAAGAUUCGACUUAAUGUUUCGCCAGUAGGCACUUUUCUCUGCCCAAUACACCUGAAUCUACCUUCACAUCACAGUCAGGUUUUUGUAACUGGAAAAAGGCUCUGUUUAAAGAUUCUAGGUUUAAGCUCCAUUCGAAGGCAGAGCAUCAUAUCAAUGCUAUGUAUGCUUGGAAUCAGCAUUAAAUGGCUAUUGACAGAAACUCAUCAAUGUUAGAUGUCAUAAAUGAGGACCAGAAAAAGAAAGUGGAGGUAAACUGUACUUACAUUAAAACAAUUGCAGAUGUACUCCUAUUAACUGCAACUCAAAAUAAAGCAUAGAGAGGUCAUUGAGAGACUGACUCUUUGAUGACUCACAACCAGGGUCAUUUUUUGACAAUCUUCCUCUCAUAGAGAAAAUGAUGAAUGCAUGGGGCCUUCUUUCUCAGAUUUGCAUGUCAUAGGGCUUUUGGUUACCUUUUGUAAAGUGCUUGGUGAUGCCAAAUGUCUUUCUGACACGCUCCAAUCAAGCUCUCUUAACCUAGCAAGGUCUGUGGAUCUAGUAGGUGCCCUUACAGACACAUUACAGGAAGGGCUGUGGAUCUAGUAGGUGCCCUUACUGACACAUUACAGGACUACAGAAGUGAGAGUUACUUUUGAGAACUAUGGAAAGAGGUUGAAGAGAUUGCAGAGCACUGCAAAAUAAGUGUACAAACAGUGUGUAAAAGACAGUCUAAAACAAGCUUAAGAUUUCACGACUCGUUGAGGAUGAGCACUGUAGAACAGAAAAUAGUGACCAAAGUGAUGGUGAGAGCUUCCAAAGAGCUAUCCUUUAUCAGGUGCUUGACAGUCUCACAGCUGAGCUGCAGAGGUGUUUUUCAAAGAAAUGCGAGAUAAUGCAAGGGGUCCAGUCUCUUAAAACCCAAAGAGCACAACAUUCUUGAAUGAGGAGCCUCUGUAUGCCUUUGCUCAGAACUUUGAGUCCGAUUUAGAGGACCGCAAACAUGAUGUUCAUCAAACCAAGGGGCUUCUUCAUAGGAGAGAGAGAAAAGUGAAAGGGACAGACUAUCUACUCUCCCUGACUUUGUUGUAUUUCUAGAACCUUAUAAAGAGGUCUUCCAUGAGCUAUUUCGACUUUGUAAGAUUUCUGUUGUUACACCAAUCAGCAGUGCUUCCUGCGAGAGAAGCUUCUCAGCUUUAAAACGGAUUAAAACCCACCUUAGGACAACAAUGGUUGAUAACAGGUUAAGUCAAGGAGGGCAUGCUCCCUCAACAUGGAUGAGUUUGAAACAUUUAGCCAGUUCUCACCAGAUCUGCAGAAUUAUGCUGUUCUAAAUCUACCUAGGAUAAUUUGGCACUUAAGCUGUCCCUCUGGUCAUGAUUAAACCUGCACUGUGUACUAACGUUUCUUUGCUAUUAGUUAACAUAAUAUAUAUGAGAAUAAAUAUCAUAGUCUUUGUACUAUUGAUGGGUACCAAAAUAUUUUUUAUUUUUCAAGUCCAUUUCUGCUUGAUACCUUGUAUGUCAAAUUGCAUUGUUUAUUUUUUGUAAAUUAGUUUUUGUAAAUAGACUAUGCAAUUUAUGUAACAUACAUGCUAUCUUAUCUCCUUGGUGCUUGAGCUUUAUUUUCUGAAAAUAUUUUGGAUGUUCAACACUUAUAGACCCAGAUUAUAUAUUAAUGAAAACAGAGUGACCCAAUCUCUCCUGUGUGUGUGAGAGAGAAAGAAAUUGAGCUGCAGUUCCGAGGUAGAGACACUGACUUCAUAGUAUGUUAAAGAAUUCUAGUGAAGUAACCCUUUUGGACCACACUAUCUGCCUCAUUGAAGAACUCCGGGUUAAGUUAGUUAUCACUUCUACCUCUAAUCAGCAAUCAUAGGAUUCAUUCAUGCUCCUUAGAUGCCAGGUUAGGGUUACACACUCAUUUUCUGUCAUGCUCUAUGGACCCCCUGAAGUAGCCUUGGCCACCCCAUGUAUAAAACUCUAGUUCCAGCAUUGGGUAUUUAUGACCUGGGGGGGGGCAUGAUAUACACCCUUAAAGGGCCACGUCGUGACAGACUCAUUCCAUGGUAAUCUUCCUGGAAACACAGUAUUAAACUCAGGGACCAAUGGCCUUUCAUUUGCCUAAGGCAAACCUAGUGUAAUGUCGUGUUGAGUGCAAGUCCCGUUCCUGGCAAUGGUCCCGUCCCUGACUGUCCCUGACAGACAUGCAUCACAAGUAAUGAUCCCCUGGCGUGUGAUACAGGGAUAAGUACAGGGAUCGCUGAUUCUCAGAUUCAGUAAUUAGCUUAAGGACUUCCUACCACUGGGUACUGCAAGGUCACCUUUUUUUGGCCUUUCGGUGACCACACACCACAACAACAGUUACGUCAACAAGUGCUGCUGUCUGUUGCUAUGCACAUUUAACAAUAAUGAGAAUAAACAGAUAUACUAGCAACAAUUUGAAAGACAGUUCUAGACAAUUCUACUUUACAUACUGUAAUAGCAACAGUGUUAGCUAACUGCCAAGAAAAUCUUUCAGGAAGUGUGCCGCUCCUUUACGGGGGCACACAAACACAUACAAAGACAGAAAUUACGGGGUAAAAGGUUGGAGCACCGGUAUUUUAAGAGAGGGUGAGAAAGUAUAGAAUACGUUUGAUUGUGAUUUUGUUUUAUUGUUUAGUGUGUCAUUUGUACUAUAUCUUGCUAUCUAUGAUUUUACAUACAGUAUUUUGUCAUAAGUACCUGCCAAAUGACUCCACUCACAGUGACCCUUCAUUCCUCAGUGAGCCCUGAUUUUAUUCAUGCAACUCAAACAACUACAUUUAUUUAAACAGCUUAAAUUUCUACAGAGAAUCUUGUCAGUUUGUGCCUGAGGCUUUGGGGUUCAUGUACGGCCUGAGGUUUUUAUUGCUAAUCUCAGCAAAGUAGUGCCGUCCUUCAGGUCCAUAAUCCCUUUAGCAGCGCCUCUCCUCAUCCUAAUCCAGACAGAACACUGCUGUCCAUCCUGGGCUCCCUCAGGUAUGCAGCUGCACCACCGCUGAACAUACAGGUAAGAUGUAUUCAUACUAACUCUUCACCUAAUAUUUCUGAAUGGAUUUACUAAUGGGUUUAUUUUCACAUUUUCUGCUGAGAUGUCAGUGUUGUGGUGUGCUGAUCUUGUAAACUGAAAUUGUGAUGCUUAUGUGUAAAUAUUUUACAGGUAUAUGUUAUUAUUUAAGAGUAGUUAUAGUGGUGUUGUGCAAAUUUAUAAUACUUGCAAUAGUUGAGAAAAUGCAAGUUUGGAAUAGUUCAUUUUGAUUAUGUUUGCGAGGUUGUUGGUUAGAGAAAUUUGUACAGACCACUGCUAGCACUAUUGUCAGCAGGAUAAAAUCCUCUGCUUUUGCAUAGCAUGUUUAGGCUGCACCAGCGGAGCGUGUUUUUGUGACUUUAUAGUAUUGUAAUUUACUGGUGCCUGCUUCAAUGCAAAGAAAUCAAAGCUAUGAUUGAGCUAUGAUCCUCAGAUUAGGCCAAAAAUCAGGUGGCAAUGGAUAAUCUUUCAAGAUUGAGAAAUUUAGUUAGCCUGGGAUUAAAUGGCCAGCAUGCACAGGUUCUCUACGGGGAUACUAGUGUAGCAGAGUGUAGGUUUUGUAGGUGCAACAUUAAUUCACUUGACCUGUACAUGGGAUGACAUGUUAUAGAAUAAAUUGUUGUUGAAUUGAAUUAUAUUCGUUAUAAUAUAUGGUUGUUUUAGAGAAAAACAAAAGGCAGAAGAAACACACCGGGAUAAUGAUGUUUUCUGCAUGUUCUCUCACUGUUGAUUUAAAUAUGUUUUCUUGCUCUUGUUCCCAUCUUCUGUUCUGUGUUAACUUGCUUGUCCUCUAAAGCAGCUUAUUAGUGGUGUGGUGUUGAACGUUAUGCCCUGCAACAUGCUAUUCUAUUUAAACAUCUCUUUAACUGUCAAAGUCAGGUUUUGCCUAACAAGGUGGCUGACGCUUCAUUGAUCUUGAUUUCCGUAAAAAUAUUAAAGUAGCUGUGCUGUAUUGAUCACAGGCUCAAGCACGGGCAACUAUUAUCUUGAAGCAGCAUGUGAAGAGUGUUUAUUGACAACAUAAUUGCUGCCAGCAAGAGCCAAAGUCAAAGCUCCCCACAAGAUCUGACAUGACAUUGUAAAUCAGGGGUCGGCAACAGGCGAGUUUUUAGUAAUAUACACUAUACACAUCGACAGGGCUGCAGUGGAGCAGGUUGAGAGCUUCAAGUUCCUUGGUGUCCACAUCAUCAACAUACUAACAUGGUCCAAGCACACCAUGACAGUCGUGAAAAGGGCACGACAAAACCUAUUCCUCCUCAGGAGACUGAAAAGAUUUAGCAUGGGUCCUCAGAUCCUCAAAAGGUUCUACAGCUGCACCAUUGAGAGCAUCCUGACUGGUUGCAUUACUGCCUGGUAUGGCAACUGCUCUGCCUCCGACCGUAAGGCACUACAGAGGGUAUAGCGAACGGCCGAGUACAUCACUGGGGCCAAGCUUCCUGCCAUCCAGAACCUCUAUACCAGGUGGUGUCAGAGGAAGGCCCUAAAAAUUGUCAAACACUCCAGCCACCCUAGUCAUAGACUGUUCUCUCUGCUACCACACAGCAAGCAGUACCGGAGUGCGAGGUCUAGGUCCAAGAGGGUUCUAAACAGCUCUUACUCCCAAACCAUAAGACUCCUGAACAUCUAGUCAAAUGGCUGCCCAGGCUAUUUGCAUUGCCCCCCUCCCCUCUCCACACAUUGUUUGAGUCAAUUGGAGGUGUACAUGUGGAUGUAUUUCAAGGCUUACCUUCAAACUCAGUACCUAUUGCUUGACAUCAUGGGAAAAUCAAAAGAAAACAGCCAAGACCACAGAAAAAUAAAUUGUGUACUUCCACAAGUCUGGUUCAUCCUUGGGAGCAAUUUCCAAACGCCUGAAGGUACCACAUUCAUCUAUGCAAACAAUAGUAGGCAAGUAUAAACACCAUGGGACCACGCAGCCGUCAAACCGCUCAGGAAGGAGACUCGUUCUGUCUCCUAGAGAUGAAUGUACUUUGGUGCGAAAAGUGCAAGUCAAUCCCAGAACAACAGCAAGGGACAUUGUGAAGAUGCUGGAGGAACUGAAAAAGUGUGUGUGAGAAAGGAGGCCUACAAACCUGAUUCAGUUACACCAGCUCUGUCAGGAGGAAUGGGACAAAAUUCACCCAACUUAUUGUGGGAAGCUUGUGGAAUGCUACCCAAAACAUUUGACCCAAGUUAAACAAUUUAAAGGCAAUCCUACCAAAUACUAAUUGAGUGUAUGUAAACUUCUGACCCACUGGGAAUGUGAUGAAAGAAAUAAAAGCUGAAAUAAAUCUUUCUCUCUACUAUUAUUCUGACAUUUCACAUUCUAAAAAUAAAGUGGUGAUCCUAACUGAUUAAUUAACUAACUAAUUUUUACUUGGAUUAAAUGUCAGGAAUUGUGAAAAACUGAGUUUAAAUGUAUUUGGCUAAGGUGUAUGUAAACUUCCGACUUCAACUGUAUGUGAUCGUGACUAUUAUAAUCAUUAUGGUCUCUGGAUUGACUAGAUUAACCUUCAAUAGUUUUAUGUUCCAUUAUAGCUUAUCUGACAUUCUGACUUUGUCUGACCUCAAGGUACCAUAGUAACAAAUCUGGUUUAUUCAUAUUAUGGAAUGCUCACCUCGGCAGGUGUUACUGAGCUGUUGUCCUGGUCUUUGCCUUUGUCUCAGGAUGUUUCACUGGGUGGUGAAGGUGGUUCCUCAGCCCCCUGACGCCCCUGGUUCUCUGGGAGAGGAGACAGCCAAUCCCGCAUCAAGAAACGUGUCUAAAGAUGAAGUGAAAGAAGUCAAGGCACAACCAGCCAAACAGAAGGAAGAUGAUAUUUCUGAGGACAACAGUAUUCAGAGUGGAGUGAUGACCUGGCUCUCCAAUGGAUUCACAAGUGCUCUUCCUCAACCAGCAGGCACACCUAACCUCAGCAGAUCCAACUCUGUAUCCAGGUCACUGCAGGAGGAUGAAAGGAAUGGGAUGAUUAAGUGGAUUGCAGAUGGACUGAGCAAAGUAGUACCCCAGCCAGAUGAAAAGUACAGAGAGGAUAUUCGAGAGGAGGAGGAUGAAACAGAGGUUUAUAACAUGAAAGAUGUGCCGGACGCAGAGCCCCUCCCACAUAUACCUGUGGUGGAGAUGUUUUCAGAAUAUGAGGAAGAGGAUCAGAUACCACAGUUCCCCCCCAAUGUGGUUAACUGGAUUAAGAAUGCUAUUCCUCAGCCUGUGAUGCUCCCUGCAGGCUACAUAGGGGCCCUAAGUAAGGCCCAACAGGCCCAGGUUCUCUCACCAUCUCCGGAGUCCCUCAAAGGAGAUGAGGACUCACAGAACUCGAAUGUCGUGGGCUGGUUCGUGACGGGUCUCGGCCUCAAGUUGCCACAGCCUGUUACGAGAUCCAGAGAUGAUGUUGAAGUUCUGCCGAAUGUCUCUAAAAGACCCAAAGCAGUGGACCUGGUUUUGCAGGAAGUAAUAGAAGCAGACAUGAAGGAUCUGGAGGUGCCAACACAGAUGACAAUACCAACAGAGAUGGCUCUGGCACAGCCGACACAGCAAAAACAGCCAUUGAAACCAGAUGAGCCUGAACAGAAUCUUCCAAAUGUGCCAGAGUCAACAACCCCAUCGCUGGAGGUUGCUGAGACCCCGACAGGCAGGUGGACACCCUUCAUAGAGAGCAUUAAGAGAGAGGCUGAAGGCAUAGCUAUGGCUACCAUGGAGGAACGGCUCAGUGUGCACCCAGCUGUCAGUGUGGAGGAUGUGGAUUCCGGCGGAGAGGGAGGAGGGGGCGGAGGGGAGCACCACCGCCACCACAUUCCCCAAAUCCUUACCCUACAGGACCCCAACUUCAAGACCCUGACCGUACCCGGAGUGUCCAAAACCAGCCGUCAGAGUGAGAAGAAACCCAAGAAUAUCUGGACCAAUAUAAAGAAGGUGUACUCUCAGAGUGAGGAGGAUGAAGAGGAGAUGGAGAUCGCAGUGAGGGCAUGGCCUAGCCAGUCCAGCAUCCUCAGUGGAGACGAUGGGCUAAAGGAGCGCCCUGCGUCUUCCGCUAGCCAGGCCAGCUACGUGGUGAACGAGCGCCUACAGGAGCUGGUCAAGAUGUUUAAGGAGAGGACAGAAAGGGCCAAAGAGAAACUCAUAGACCCAGAUCACUCUGAUGAUGACAGUCCAACUGCCUCCCCUGCGAGAGCUCCAACACCACCUCCUGCGCCUCCAGAGGAGCCGAAGGAGGAGGAGAUAGAGGAGCAGCAACCCAAGCCUACAUUAUGCUGCAAGGUGAUGCCUCCUCGCUGGAUCAGAGCUCUGCUGCACUACCGCUUCCCCGCUAGCAUCGACCCCUUCACCAAUCUGGUCUAUGUGCUGUGGCUGUUUUUCGUCACCUUGGCAUGGAACUGGAACAUGUGGCUUAUCCCGGUGCGCUGGGCCUUCCCCUACCAGACCCCCAGUAACAUCUACCUGUGGCUACUCACUGACUAUCUGUGUGACCUCAUCUACAUCCUGGACAUCCUGGUCUUCCAGCCCCGCCUGCAGUUUGUCCGCAGUGGAGACAUAGUGUUUGACAAAAAGGACAUGAGAGUGAAUUACAUGAAAACCUUCCGGUUCAAGAUGGAUGUCAUCAGUCUUGUUCCACUGGAGUUGUUCUAUUUUAAAACUGGGAUCAACCCACUCCUCCGCUUCCCACGACUACUAAAGAUAAUGUCUUUCUUUGAGUUCAACGACCGUCUUGAGGGCAUCCUUACCAAAGCCUACGUUUACAGAGUGAUCCGGACCACCACCUACCUGCUGUACUGCCUGCACUGUAAUGCCUGUCUGUACUACUGGGGCUCUGCGUAUGAAGGUCUGGGCUCCACGCAGUGGGUCUAUGACGGACAGGGCAACAGUUACAUCCGCUGCUACUACUUUGCUGUGAAGACCCUAAUCACCAUUGGUGGACUGCCGGACCCCACAACGCUCUUUGAAAUCAUCUUUCAGCUCAUAAACUACUUUGUUGGAGUGUUUGCCUUUUCCAUCAUGAUUGGACAGAUGAGAGAUGUGGUUGGUGCAGCCACAGCAGGACAGACGUACUACAGAGCAUGCAUGGACAACACUGUCAAAUACAUGGCCUCCUACCGUAUCCCUAAAGACGUGCAGAACCGGGUUAAAACCUGGUACAACUACACCUGGCAGUCCCAGGGCAUGCUGGAUGAACAGGAGCUUCUGGUUCAGCUCCCAGACAAGAUGAGGCUGGACAUCGCUGUGGAUGUCAACUAUGACAUUGUCAGUAAAGUGUCUCUCUUCCAGGGUUGCGAUAGACAGAUGAUCUUUGACAUGCUGAAGAGACUGAGGUCUGUUGUUUACCUCCCAGGGGACUAUGUCUGCAAAAAGGGUGAAGUUGGGCGGGAAAUGUACAUCAUCAAAGCCGGAGAGGUGCAGGUGGUGGGCGGGCCAGACGGGAAGACUGUGUUUGUCACACUGAGGGCGGGGUCCGUGUUUGGGGAAAUCAGCUUGCUGGCAGUUGGUGGAGGGAACAGGAGAACAGCAAACGUGGUGGCUCAUGGCUUCGCCAACCUGUUCAUCCUGGACAAGAAGGACCUCAAUGAGAUUCUAGUGCAUUACCCCGAGUCCCAGAAGCUGCUCCGCAAGAAGGCCAGGAAGAUGCUCACGAAAGAUAAGAAGCCUCCGAAGGAGCCGGCCCAGGUGAUCCCUCCUCGAACGGUCACGCCCAAGCUAUUCAAAGCUGCUCUGGAUGUGGCGCAUCAGAAAACAGGCCUCAAAGGGACCCUGGCCAAGAUUAAGGAGAAGAUCAACAAAUCCAGCGUUUCUCUACAGCCCUCCAUGUCCUCCUCCCUGCCUCCCUUGUCCCCAGUCUCUCCAGUCUCCAGUCUGGACCCAGAGCGCAAGGCUGACGCCACGUCACCAACCUUAGACAGCUCCACGCUGCUCUGCCCCGUCUCCCAUUGUCACGGAGAUGAGACACUCUCCAAGGAGCAGGGCCAAGUGGAGGGAGAAGUUGCAGGAGAGGGUGGGAAGAAGAAAGAAAAGAGAAAGGAAUGAGUUGUCUCCAAAAGCUUUAAAAGCUGUCUUCAUGUGGAGAAAGGGAUGCACUUUUUUGUCCCUCUGUACUCUACUGCAGAGAGGGAGACCAGAGAGAGAAGAGCCAUGGUUCCUAAAGAUCAUCCAAUUAUGUCUCAGGAGUCAGACUGUUUCUGUUCCUUUAUACCCAUAGACUCUUCUUUUAGCUAACCCUUUGAUACUCAGUACACUGAGUUUACCAAAUUUGGAACACCUUCCUAAUAUUGAGUUGAACCGCCCCCUUUCACCCUCAGAACAGACUCAAUUUCUCAUGGCAUGGACUCUACAAGGUGUCGAAAGCAUUCCACAGGGAUACUGGCCACUGUUGACUCCAAUGCUUCCCACAGUUGUGUCAAGUUGGCUGGAUGUCUUUUGGGUGGUGGACGAUUCUUGAUACACACAGGAAACUGUUGUGUGAAACCCAGUGUUGUGCAGUUCUUGACACAAACCGGUGCGCUCAGCACCUACUACCAUAUCCCGUUCAAAGGCACUUAAAUAUGUUGACUUGCCGAUUCACAAUCUGAAAGGCACACAUACACAAUCCAUUUCUCAAUUGUCUCAAGGCUUAAAAAUCCUUUAACCUGUUGCCUCCUCUUCAUCUACACUGAUUGAAGUGGAUUUAAUAAGGGAUCAUAGCUUUCACCUGGAUUCACCUGGUCAGUUUAUGUAAUGCAAAGAGCAGGUGUUCUUAAUGUUGUUGUGUAUACUCAGUGUAUAGGGCCUAGGUGACCUAAUUCCACAGGGAUGGAGAAACGGGUGCUUAAACUGAUGUCUUUGAUAUUGCAGUAUAUGUUUGUGUUUACAAUCCCAGAGGUAAAUGUACCAAUCAGCAAUAAUUGACACAGACAUCAUCUCAUCAGGGGUAUGACAAGGUGGUCACCCAGGGUACAGCUGUGUGUGUGGGGGAGGUCCUCUCCAAGUCUUCUGUUCUGUCUGUUUUCGGGAAAAACAAAUGCCUUCUAAACCCUAUUUUUUGUUCAUUUUAUUCCUUUUUUUAAAUGUAUUCAUUCAGUGAGCGGGGGGUGUGAAUGGGAAAUACUAUAAAAAUGUUGGAAUCUGAGGAAAGAUUUUGAAAUGUUUACGUUUUGUAAAGAUGACCAGUUAUUUAUAGUUUUGUUCAAUGGAAUGUUAUUAUUGCCUUAUUUAUCAUGGCCCUUGAUAGUGUUUCUGGGGUGAAUGGGUCAAUGAUGUAUAUAUUUUUCAUUUUUCACAAUUUUUACAAUUUUUAUAACAGUCAGCUUGUCAAUGUACAUAUUGUUUUGUAUGCAGAAAGGUAGAAGUGCAGCUAAUAAUUUAAUCAAGACUGGUAAACUGUCAAUCAUGAGUUCACCAUGCCAGACAAUCAAAGAUUUACUUUUAGUCGGCAGCUAUACCUAUGACAGUUUAGUCGGCAGCUAUAUAACAAAUGACAGUUACAACAGCUUUUGACACUGAUGGGUAUGUUUAAAAUAAUACGUAUGUUUAAAAUGACUGUUUAUUAAAAAAAAUACUAACUUGACAGAUCAGAAGACGACUCAUGUCCACAAUUUAUACAUGAACAGUACAUGUUUUUAAGUUAAGAGGUUUUCUUAUCUGUUGGAUAUACUUUUUAAUCAUACUGUUUAACCAAAUGCUGUUUUCAAAAUUUUGUAAAUAGGAAAAUACUUAAACCCCUGAAUGUAGUUUUUCAGGAAGCAAUGCAAGGUGUAACAUAAUUGUAUAGAUCCUAAAUUCACCAAUGGAAUACAUAGGGUCUAUAAACCAGCUACCGAAACUGCCAGACAAUGUGUAGCUUGUAUGUGAAUAUUGUUAUGUUGGUUGUUGAUUACCUUCUUUGUGUAUAUAGUGUAGGUGACAAAAGUUGUCAUGCAACAGAUGCUGAGAAAAAAACUUUUGUGAUACACCUGCUUUUAAUAGAUGGGUUAGCUAACGAUGUUCACGCUUCAAUGGGGCAGAAGUCCAUGAGUUGUUGUGAUUCUGGAUCGCCAGGUAGCUACCAACAAUGACAAACUGCCAUGUGGGGUAUGGCGAGUGACCUGUUUCAUCUUGUUCUUGAUGUCUUGUUUUGGCUGAUUUCAUGUCAAUGCUAAUAUGGCUCAAAUUCACUACCUAGCUAACCAACAACAGUUAUCAAAUGCUCAUUGUGCAAAGAUAUUUAUGAUUUCAAUAAACAUUGGAGACCAUAUAGUUUACAUUGUCAACAA